GUUCCUGAAGAAAUACCUGGAUACUUUUGUCAAUGGCAGGAAGGAAUUAAGAAUAUUUUUUCCACUUUGUGGGAAAGCUGUUGAAAUGAAAUGCUAUGCUCAGUUGAUACUAUCACUAAUGAACAGAAUGUGUCGCUGCCUUCUAGUUACUUUGUUGUAUGAUCCAAGGAAACACAAAGGCCCACCAUUCUAUGUUGCUGAUUCAGACGUGAAAAGUUUAUUUGGAAACGACUGCAAUAUUCAAUGUCUUGAAAAAGUCUAUAGUUUGGAAGACCGACAUAAGAAGUGGGGUUUAGAUUAUUUAUGGGAGGUUUUAUACUUAAUUAUAUUGAAAGAACCGAGAUGACUCCUAGACCUACUCCUCGGAGGAUGAGAAAAACUAUGUGGUUGCCAGUCACCAUAAUGUUUCUGAUCUGAGGAUUGAUCAUUCUUCAGAUACUUUCUUCUAUUAUCAAUAUCUCUGAGAAUAAUUUUCUUGAAAUUUGCCUUUGCAAAUAAACCUACAUUGUUAAAAUGGAAUGUCAAGAGUCACAUCCACAUUUGUGCUUUCUCCCCAUUUCCCCAUCUAUUGGGUUAAUCCUAGUAAUCGGCAUUAUGCCGAGCUAAAUACAUUUGUAAUAUUACACAAUAUUGGCUUUGCUGGAAAGAUUCCUUGGCUAUCGGAUGCUCAGUAAAACGUUGAUUAGAGGCCUCCUGUUGUUUGUGUGUGUUGCCUUUUCCAGUAUUUCUGCUUGGUCCACCACCUGGUGUAUGCCACAUAGCUUUUCUCUUCUUUUUUAAAAAAAAUAAUAUUUCUCUUGUAUAAGGUAAAGAUUUCUGUAUAAGGCUAUAUAAGGUAAAGACUUCACUCAAGUCAAGCUUAAAAUUGGAUGACUAUAUGGAUGUGUAUGUAGUUUUCUGACAAGAGUAUGGAAGAGACUCCCCAAACACAGUUGUUUUCCAAGAUAUAUUUUUCCAAAUACUAUUGUGAGAUCUUGGUGAUCUCUUAUCCAAGGAUCAGCAAAGAUCAGUUUUGCACCAGCAUCUGCUUUGAGGAACAAGUUCAGCCAGGCAAUCUGAGGCAGGAAGAGAAUGUGCCAAAAUGAAAUUCCAGAAGUCAGAGUCAUUGAAUUAGUUUGGGCAGAUUUCCCUGCAUGCAAUCCUAUUGCUGAUAUAUUUUUAAGCAGUGGUAGGAGUGCAAACGUUUGAUCUUGCUUAGGAGAAUGAGUCAUUUUCCGUGGUAAGAAAUCACUAACUGGGUGAGGGAGAGAUAAAUAAUAAAUUAUUGGCAA